CUGACCUAUCCCGCCCGAGCUAGGACAUCCAUAGGCUCAACGCACACGUUAUGUUAGGCAGCGGUCCAGGAUGAGUCCAGCACGAUCUAUCCAAUGAUCAACCCUGUACCGAUCUGCGAGGUUAGCGAGUACACAUGUGGUAUAAAUGUAGGUGCUGGCCUCUCGGCUAAGACUUGAGCUUCAACACACUGAAGACAUAUCUACACAUUUCAUCGUCACCAAUGGCUCCAUCUGCCCCCACUCAGCCCUCGGGGGCCCAGCGAUACUGCAUCAUAGCUUUUCUCGCCAAGAUACCUUCAAUCACCCUCGACGAAUUCCGCGACUACUAUGAAAACAAGCACAUCCCGCUUAUUAAGCGUCAUCUCAGCGCCGCAGUUGUGCCUUUACCCCUCGUGUACACGCGCCGGUUUAUCGAUUCGAAGACCCCGAUCGUCUCUGCUAGCGGUGUCAAUGUGGGUUUCGACUGCGUGACGGAGCUUCAGUUCUCUAGCAAAGAAGAUUUCGAGAAGUUUUGGGUGGCACCGUUGAUGGCGGGAGAAGGCUCCAAAGAAGUGGGAGAGGACGAGGCCAAGUUCAUUGAUCGGGAAAAGACCACCGCGUAUCAAUUUGAGAUGCACCAGACUGAGGAAUAAUGAAAUCUCAAUGCUGAUGAGUGUAUUAUGCUCGGAUGAUGUUGCAAGCUGUGCAUUCGAAAAUGCGGCGUGAUGUCACUAGUGUAGAGGGUCAAGUCGUAAUGCUGGUGUAAUUUGAUGAAGCGCAACAGCACUACAGCUCGAGUACAGCCACGAGACCUCAGAGUAGUUCUCCAGCCACAAGGGAAUAUCCAAAUAUAACUGCU